AUGCUAUAUUCUGGAAUAACGCACGUAGAGACAGUGCCCGUUGAGGAAGACAUACAAAGAGAGAAGGCGUUCGUAGAGUCCACCAUGCAAGUAGUGAAUAUUCUUGCAACGCUCAAGGGGGCACACAUUCCGCUGGUCAUCCACCCGGGGAAAAGAGUCAAGUCUAAGAAGGAAAUGAGGGACAUAGAAGAGAACUUAGUUGAGUCAAGAAAGCCCCAGAAGGUAAGCUUCAAGAAGCCGUCAAGACAGGAAAGAAGAAAGAAAGACCAGGUGGAGGAAAAGAUAAAAUCAGCAAUGGCGCUGGUUCCAGAAGGGGAAAGAAAGAACAAGAAGUUCAAAAAAGACGAUAAGAAAAAAGGAAAAAAACAAAGGCUUGGAAAGAACAAAAGACAGAAGAUGUCGCAUAGAAAAUAA